CUACUACUACAGGCGUAAUUCCCACUACUACUAUUACUACUACACCAGUACUAAGAGCGGCUGCUGAAUUCUGUCGUAUAUCGCCGUCACUAACGUAGAAGUGACGCCGUUUUAUCAAUCGGCCCGAACCUUUUUUUUUCUCUUUCCCCAUUAUUUUUUCCAACCAUGUCUCGGAGAAACUACUGGAGUCGAAAUGAAAUUAGUAUGUUUAUAAAAUAUACGUUGUUUUCGCUCAACUUUCUAUUUUGGGUUGGUGGAGUUUUGUUUGUUGCUUUAUCAACAUGGCUGUUGAUAGAUAAAAACAAGCUGGUCCGAAAUUGGAUGGAAUUUUUCUUGGAUCCAGUUUCGCUGAUUUGCUUAUCUGGUGGCAUUGUUGUGUUUGUAGCGUUCUUUGGAUGUAUGGGAUCAUUGCGAGAAAAGACCUGUUUCCUUCAUGUGUAUGAAAUUAGUAUGGUUGUCGUCCUAAUAUGUGAAAUUGUCCUCUCCCUGUUCUUUUUUGUCAUUUAUUCCAAACCUGGUUUAAUGACUGAAAUCAAUAUGGAGAAAUUCUUCAAAGGUGUCGUUAAAUCAUACAGAGAAGACCUUGAUCAACAAAACUUCAUUGAUAAUUUCCAACAGAAGCUGGAAUGCUGUGGCAUGAACGAUGAUCCAAACACUGGUUACAAAGAUUGGAACAGUAACAUGUACUUCACCUGUAGUGCCAAUAAUACCAGCCCAGAGAAAUGUUCUGUACCUUUUUCCUGUUGCAAGAAGAAGGAAAAUGGUCUCAUAAAUUUAAAAUGUGGCAACAAAAUGUUAGAUGACAAUAUGUUUAGUAAAUUUGGUUCUGCUAUCAACACCAGAGGAUGCCAGUAUGCAAUCAGAAUGUGGAUAACAAAUAACAUGCUAAAACUAGGUGGCAUCAUACUUGGAAUUCUUGUCCCACAGUUCUUCCUUAUCCAUCUUGUACGUGCAUUCAAGUCACAGAUUGCCCAUCAGCGUGCCAAAUUAAAGAGAAGCGAAAUGCUAUUACUUCAAGUGGAAGGACACGGGGACAUUUCUCAUAUUUCGUAAUCUUGGUGUAAUUUGCUAAAAGAAAUUCUUGAAUUUAAAAAAAAAAAAUUUUUUUUUUUUGGUUUUCUAAAUUAAAUCUGGUUUU